UCGGUUAUACGCAAACAAAACCGUCAUGGUGGUCAUGGUGGUUCCGCGAGUUGGAAGUUGUGUGAACUGACAAGAUUUUGGUGUGGUAAUAGUAGUCAUAGGCUUUAUAAAGUAUAAAUGUUAUGAACAAUAGUAUGGCUGGUGCCAAAGACAACACACUUACUCUUAAAGGCUGUAAUUACCUUCGACAGCGACUAGUGUUGUCCACAUUGAGCGGCAAACCUGUUAGAAUAAAAGAAAUUAGAUCUCAGGAUGACGAACCUGGUUUGCGAGAAUUUGAGGUGAAUUUGAUACGCUUACUGGACAAGAUAACAAAUGGGUCUCGUAUUGAAGUGAGUGAAACAGGUACAUCGCUCUAUUACCAACCAGGACUUCUGCAUGGGGGCACACUAGAUCACGAUUGUUGCAAACUGAAGGCCAUUGGUUACUACUUGGAAGUUUUAGUAGCAUUGGGACCAUUUUGUAAGAAAGCACUGCAUAUAACUUUGAAAGGUGUGACAAAUAAUCAGAACGAUCCCUCGGUGGAUGCCUUUUUGAGUGGUGCCAUCCCGGUCUUGAAGAAGUUCCUGAUAGUUGAUGAUGGCCUUGAACUAAAAAUUACAAAGCGUGGAAUGGCUCCGGAAGGUGGGGGAGAGGUAGUGUUUAAGUGCCCUGUGCGCAGACAACUGAAACCUAUCCAGCUUAUGGACCAAGGGAAAGUGAAACGUAUUCGAGGUGUUGUGUAUGCAGUACGUGUCUCACCAGUUAUUAGCAACCGUCUUGUUGAAGCAGCCAAAGGAGUUUUCUUACAGUUUAUUCCAGAUGUGUACAUUUAUACAGAUCACCAUCGAGGCAACAAGUCUGGAAAAUCUCCAGGUUUUGGUAUCACCGUGGUGGCAGAGACUACAACAGGCGUGUAUUACACCGCAGAGGCUGUUUCAAAUCCUGCUGGUUGUGGGAGGCUUCCGUCUGUACCAGAGGAAGUUGGAAAAGAGGCUGCCUUCCUUCUUCUGGAAGAGGUUUACAGAGGUGGGUGUGUGGACUCAACAUUUCAAAGUUUUGCUGCUCUGUUCAUGACUAUGGCAACAAAAGAUAUUUCAAAGUGCAUAAUGGGUCCACUGUCGCCAUACACCAUUCAGUUCUUGCGACAUCUCAGAGUCUUCUUUGGUCACACAUUCAGACUUGAAAGUCAUAAGAAGAGCGAAGAAGAGGAGGAGCUAAACACUGGAGCAAACAAAGUUCUUGUCACCUGCUUAGGAGUUGGAUUCAUGAACUUGAGUAAGCGGGUUGCAUAGCGUUUGUUCACUGAUUACUGUUUCUGAGAACUAAUUUCUUGCACAUAUAUAUGUAAUAUGAAAAAUCAAGCUAUAAGGAAAAAUAAAAGAAAAGUGUUUUUUUCCUCCCA